CUUGAGAAUUCUCCACACUGAUCUCCAUAGUGGCUGCACCAGUUCUCAAUUCCACUAAAAUCGAAUCCCCUUUCCCCACACCCCUUUUGCACUUGUUGUCUGUGGUCUUUAUUGUCUCGUCACUCUUUGCCAUUCUGACUAGAAUGAAAUCUGAAAGUUAUUUGGUUUGCUUUCUUUCUUUCUUUUUUUUUUUCCUAUUUCUUAGCCUUUUUUUUUUUUUUGAGAACUCCAGGUUCCACCCAUUUUUUUCAAAUGGGUGAUGUUUUAUUUUCACUCUUGGCUUUUUGAAUUUUUAUAUAUUCUGUAUGCUAACCCUCUGUUAAAUGUAUACCUGGCAAAGAUUCUCUACAGCUCUGUGGGAUUCCUCUUCACUGCUUGUGUAGUUAGCUGUGCUGAAGCUUUCUGGUUUAUGAGGUCCCACUUGUCAACUGUGGAUUAAUUCCUGUACAGAAGGAGUUCUAUUCAGAAAGACUUCUACGCCUAGAUUGUGCAGGGCGCUGACUGUUUUAUUCUGACAGUUUCAGUGUUUCACGUUUCACAUUUAGGUCUUUGAGCCACUAGGAGCUGUUUUCCCACUGAAGAGUUGUGUUGAAUAGGGCUAGAAGCACUGCCCACAACUCACCACUAGAGGGACGCAGUGGUCAGAAGAGGUACCCACCCCUAGGCGUUGAGAUGGAGUUUCUAAUUUCCCUCUUCUGCCUGUGGAUGUUGAGUGUUCCCCACACCACUGUUGAAGAUGCGUUCCCUGCCCCCAAGCAUUUGCUUUGGUGUCUUUGUCAAAUAUGAAGUGGCUGAAGUUAUGGGUACUCAUGUUUGGGUCUUCAAUUUUGUUCCAUUCGUCCCCAGGUCUGGGGUGGGUGUGUGUGUGUGUGUGUGUGUGUGUGUGUGUGUGUGUGUGUGUGUGCGCGCGCGCGCGCACACACACACACACCCUGCUACCAUGUUUUUUGUUUUGUUUUGUUUUUUACUACAGCUUUGUAAUGUAUCUUUUUAAGAUUUGGAAUGGUAACCCCUCCAGUAUUGUUCUUUUUACUCAGUAUUUUCUCUACCCAGGAUUUUUUUGUGUUUCCAUUUGAGUUUUAGGAUAGCUUUUUUUUCUAUUUCUGUGAAGAAUGAGAUGGGGAUUUUGAUUGAGGGUGCACUGAAUCUGUAAUGGCUUUGGAUAGAAUGGUCAUUUUCACAAUGUUAAGUCUGCCACUCCGUGAGCGUGGGUUGCCUUCCCGUUUCCUCGUGUCUUUCUCCAUCUCUCUCUGACCUAACUCAAAGUUGCCUCCCUUUGAGAUGGAUAAAGGGAAAAAACAUAUCGAUUAGUAUUGGAAUCUGUGCAGGCUCAAGGAAUCUCAAUGCCUAUGGGGUAGGUAACCUCCGGUCAUAGGGUCCCUCUAGUGGUGAGUGGUGGGUAGUGCUUAUAGCUCUAUUCAAAUAUAACCAAUAUAUCACUUCGAAACAAAAUUUGGGUUUGGUUUUGUUUACUUUUAAACAUUAUGCAUCCUGGGCUGUUCUAAGAACUAGCUAUGUAGACCAGGCUGGCCUCCAAUGGGCUAUGAAGUUAGCGAUCUGUUUCUACUUCCUGAGUGCUGGAAUUAAAGGCAUGUGCCACCACACCCAGCCGGUUUUUCUCUCUUAAAGAUUUAUAUUUUUAAUUAUGUGUAUGUUCCAAUGUCUGAUAGGAGUGUGUAUGUGAGUUUGGGUGUUUGCAUGGCUCAGAGGUGCCAGAUCCCCGAAUCUGGAGCUGCAGGAGGUUGUGACUUCUACUUAAGCUCAUUGUGGGUGCUGGAAGCCAAGCUUGCUGAGGCAGUACCCGCUCAAAGUCACCGAGCCUGUAGUCUCAAGCCCUUGGUUUUUGAGAUGGGGGUCUUACUCUGUAGCCCAGGCUGGCUCUGAAUAUCACAGCAAUCUCCUUUCCUUAGCUUUCCAAGUGCUAGGAUUGUAGGGCCUAGUAGUUUUGUUUGUUUUACAAAAACAACCGAUCCUCGUAGUUACAGUUACUAUCGCUGUGAUUGAACACCGUGACCAAAGGCAAGUUAGGGAGGGAAGCGUUUAUUUGACUUACACUUGCAAAUCACUGUUCAUCAUCGAAGGAGGUCAGGAGAGAAAUUCGAAAGGGACAGGGACCUGGAGGCAGGGCAGAGACCGUGGAGGAGCGCCGCACGUGGCGUGCUCAGCCUUUUAGAACCCAGGACCACCAGCCAAGAGCUGGCCCAUCAAUCCCUAAUUAAGGGACCAUCCCACAGGCGGGCUUACAGUCGGAUCACUGUGGAGGCAUUUUCUCAGUUGAGGCUACCCCCUCUCUGACACUAGCUCGUGUAAAGUUGACAUCAAACUAGCCAGGACAUUGUUUUCUUCUUUAAAAAGUUUUUUUUUUUUUAUUUUCUUUUUUUAGGAGCUGGGGCCCGAACCCAGGGCCUUGCACUUGCUAGUCAAGCGCUCUACCACUGAGUUAAAUCCCCAACCCCAGUAUUUAUUUUUUAUUAUUUUAAAUUGUGUGUGUGUGUGUAUGUGGGUGAUCUGUGGAUGUGUACACAUGAGUGCAGGUGCCCAAAGAGGCCAGCAGCAUCAGAUCUCCCUAGAUCUGGAGCUACUGGUGAUUCUGGCGCUACAGGCCAUUGUGCGCUGCCUGAUGUGGGUGCUUGAAACUGAGCUCCAGUUCUCUGACUUAGCAGUACCCACUCCAAACCAUCUGUCUUAGCUAGUGGACUGUUGCUGUGAAGAGACAGCACGACCAUUGCAACUGUUAGAAUCUAAUUGGGCCUGGCUCGGCGGGAGCAUAGUGGUGUGCCAGCAGAUGUGCUCGAGAGGUAGCAGAGAGUUCAAUGUCUGGAUCCACAGGCAACAGGAAGAGUGAGCCAUUGGACUUGGGCUUUGCAAACCUUAAAGCCUACUCUCAGUGACAUACCUCCUCUAACAAGGCCACACUCAAUCUUUGCAAAUAGUGCCACUCCCUGGUGACUAAGUAUUCAAAUCUAUGGGAAUAUGAGAGGUGGGGAGGACAUCCUAAUUCAAAUCACUAUACCAUCUCUCCAGUCCCCCUUUUUUGCCUUGUGCUUUUUAAAAAAAGAUUUACUUAUUUUUAUUUAUAUGAGUACACUGUAGCUAUCUUCAGACACACCAGAAGUGGGCAUCAGAUCCCAUUACAGAUGGUGAAAGACCCCAGCUUAGCAGCAGUAACGCCAUUUUGCAAGGCUGUACUUAAGAUGACUGGUUCAGGGAAAGGUUAGAACACUGAGUACACAGCGGCUGCCAAGCAAGAUAUGUUUGGUUGAAGGCCUGGCAACAGGACGACUUCGGUUGAGCACCUGACAAUGAAAAAAAAGCCCCGGGAGAGGUCCCACACCCUGGUGGGGGGCCGAGUCAGUCGUUAUGUUCCAAGAAGGUAGCUAAGAAACUUGCCCCCGGGCUGAACCCUUGGGGGGCCGAGUCAGCCGUUAUGUUUCAGGAAGGUAGCUAGGAAACUUGCCCCCAAGCUAAACCCUUGCCAUAUUAGAAUCCACCAAUUAUAUCCCUGUAACCAUGCAUCUGCUUCUGUAUGCUUGCUUCUGCUCCCCAAAAUCCUAUAAAAGCCAUCCUUGGUUCCGUGGGGCGCGCCAGUCCCCCGAGUGACUGAAGCGCCCGCAGGUGCCUGUGCCUGUGUAUCCCGACAAUAAACCAAAUCCUCUUGCUGAUUGCAUCCUGUGGUGUCUCGGUCUGGUCUUUGGAGUUGGAGGGUCUCCAUCCCGAGGGAAAGUUCUCCCUGAGAGCUUUUCAUUUGGUGCGUUGGCCGGGAAAGGAGAUCCUCCACCCAGGGACCACCGACCACCCACUGGGAGGUAAGCCGGCCGGCGUCUGUCUGAUUCUGUCUCGUUCUGCCUUAUUCUGUCUGUUCUGUGAGCGCUCAGCCAGGUCUGUUCUGUGAGCGCUCAGCCAGGUUGUUUGGAAUUUGGGCGGGACGAAGAAGGAGCUGACGAGCUCGGACUUCUCGCCCCGCAGCCCUGGAAGACGUUCCAAGGGUGUUAGGGGCCCGACUUUUCGGGGCCCAAUCUGGGAGAGGAGAAAGAUCCGGACUAACGGCACCUCUGUCUGUAUUUUUGGCUUUCAGAGGGCCCCGGACCUUUGCCACCUCCAUCUGACUUUUUGCUUUCAGUUUGGUACCAAAGCCGUGCAGCACGCCUGUCUGUUGUUUGUUUGACUGUUGGUGUUGUUUGUUUUCUCUGUGUUCUAAUCUUCCUUAGAACUAACAUGGGACAGUCCCUAACAACACCCCUAAGUCUCACUCUUGAUCAUUAGAAAGACGUCCACGACCGGGCACACAACCAGUCCGUCGAGGUUAAAAAAAAAAAAAGGAAAAGGGCAGACUCUCUACACAUCCGAGUGGCCCACUUUCGGAGCAGGAUGGCCAGUGAAUGGCACAUUUAAUAAGAUCAUUAUUUUACAGGUUAAAGAACGGGUCGUCCACGGACAUCCUGACCAGGUUUCUUAUAUUAUCACUUGAGAGAGUCUCGCCUUAACCCCCCCCCCCCGGGCGGAACCCUUCGUGGACCCGAAUUGGCCUCCCCUCAACCCCCAGCCUGUCCCCUCGGCCCCGUCCGGUCCGCCGGCCACGUCUUCCUCUCUCUACCUUUGUGAAAUCAGAGCCUUCUAAGAAACCUGUCCUCCCAGCAGACCCAAACUCCCCUCUCAUAGAUCUUCUCUCUGACAGGCCCGGCUGAAACGGAGGAGGCAGAGCCGCCGGCCAGAUCAGUUGCCGGGCCACAGUCUGAUAAGGGUUUCUCCCCUGUCGCAGGGAGAUUGCGCAAUAAGCGCGAGGUGAUGCCAGAUUCAACCUCCCAGGCUUUCCCACUUAGACAGGGAACCGGUGGCCAGACCCAAUACUGGCCGUUUUCAGCAGCUGACAUUUACAAUUGGAAACAACACAACCCUUCUUUCUCCAAAGGUCCGGUGGCACUCACCGACCUAAUAGAAUCUGUUUUACUUACCCACCAGCCUACUUGGGAUGACUGCCAACAGCUCUUACAGGCCCUCUUAACCUCAGAAAAAAAAAAAACAAAGAGUGUUCCUAGAGGCCAGAAAGCAUGUUCUGGGAGAUGAUGGGCGUCCCACCCAGCUGCCUGAAAAAAUUGAUGCUGCAUUCCCACUUAAGAGACCAAACUGGGAUUUUAAUACAGCUGAAGGUAAGGGACACCUACGCCUUUAUCGCCAGUUGCUUCUAGCGGGUCUCCAAGGGGCUAUACGACGCCCUACUAAUUUGGCUCAGGUAAAACAGGUAUUACAGGAAGCAGGGGAAACUCCCUCCGCCUUUCUAGAGAGACUUAAGGAGGCCUACCGUAUGUACACUCCCUAUGACCCAGAUGACCCAGGACAAAUGACGAGUGUCUCUAUGUCCUUCAUCUGGCAGGCUGCUCCAGAUAUCAGGACUAAGUUACAGAGGUUAGAAAAUUUGCAGGGCUAUACAUUACAGGAUUUACUUAAAGAAGCUGAAAAGAUUUUUAAUAAGAGAGAGAAUUGAGUCGAAUCUUGGCCGCCGUAGUUCAGGGCCAAGAAAGGAAGGGAGAUAGGGGGGAGCUCGAAAGGGGCUGAAGCUGGAUAAAGAUCAAUGUGCCUAUUACAAAGAGAAAGGGCACUGGGCUAGAGAGUGCCCCAAGAAGCCUGGCGGACCCCGAAAGCCUUGACCACGAACCUCCCUCUUGGCUCUAGAUAAAGAUUAGGGAGGUCAGGGCCAGGAGCCCCCCCCCCCCCGAGCCCAGGGUAACGCUUGAAGUUGGGGGGGCAGCCAGUUACUUUCCUGGUAGACACAGGAGCCCAGCAUUCAGUCCUCACUUAAGCUUCAGGACAACUCAGCGACCGGACGGCCUGGGUACAAAGAGCUACUGGUGAGAAACAAUACCGAUGGACUACAGACCGCCGGGUUCAGCUGGCUACCGGUAAGGUGACCCAUUCCUUCUUACAUGUUCCGGACUGCCCGUACCCUCUGCUGGGCCGUGACCUGCUCACCAAACUAAAAGCACAAAUUCAUUUUGAGGAAGGAGGGGCCCAAAUAACUGGCCCCCACAGAACUCCCCUUCAAGUUCUAACCCUAUGAACCGGGACAGGACACUGGCUUGGACAGAGACUGGUGGGAUGGGGUUGGCGCUCCAACAGCCCCCCUUAAUUACAACUCCAGUCUCCAUAAAACAAUACCCCCUGUCACAUGAAGCUUAUCAAGGUAUAAGGCCUCACAUUACGAGGCUUCUGGAUCAAGGCAUCCUAGUCCCCUGCCGGUUGCCUUGGAAUACGCCUCUUCUGCCUGUUAAGAAACCCGACACUAGAGAUUAUAGGCCAGUACAAGACUUGAGAAAGGUCAACAAGAGGAUAAAAGAUAUUCAUCCGACUGUUCCAAACCCUUACAAUUUGCUCAGUAACUGUUCAUCGAUGAGAAACAGGGGUAUGCUAAAGGGGUCCUAACACAAAGGUUGGGACCCUGGAAACGCCCUGUGGCCUACCUGUCUAAGAAAUUGGACCCUGUGGCCUCCGGCUGGCCACCGUGCCUAAAGAUGGUGGCUGCUAUUGCUGUCCUGAUCAAGGACACUGGAAAAUUGACUUUGGGGCAGCCACUCACCAUCCUAACACCCCACGCAGUGGAGGCCUUGGUAAAGCAGCCCCCAGACCGCUGGCUCUCUAAUUCCCACAUGACCCACUACCAAGCCUUGUUACUGGAUGCAGAACGGGUUCAGUUUGGGCCCGUAGUCACCCUCAAUCCUGCCACCUUGCUUCCUCUACCAGAGGAGGCAAAACAGCAUGACUGCCUACAAAUCCUCGCAGAAGUACAUGGAACCAGGCCGGACAUAUCGGACCAGCCUCUUCAGAAUGCUGACCACACAUGGUACACGGAUGACAACAGCUUCUUGGCAGAGGGAGAGCGAAAGGCUGGAGCUGCGGUCACUACGGAGGACAAAGUGAUUUGGGCGAAAGCCCUGCCUGCUGGUACCUCCGCACAACGGGCUGAACUCAUCGCCUUGACUCAGGCGCUCAAGAUGACAAAAGGAUGGGUCGAAGCCUUCCCCACAAAGCACGAGACUACAAAAAUGGUCACUAAGAAGCUCCUCGAGAAAAUCUUUCCCAGGUAUGGCAUGCCUCAAGCGUUGGGGUCGGACAACGGGCCCGCUUUCGUCUCCCAAGUAAGUCAGUUGGUGGCCAAAUUGCUGGGGAUUGAUUGGAAAUUACAUUGUGCCUAUAGACCCCAGAGUUCAGGUCAGGUAGAACACAUAAAUAGAACAAUUAAGGAGACUUUAUCCAAACUUACGCUUGCAACUGGCUCAAAGGAUUGGGUGGCCCUCCUUCCCCUAGUUCUAUAUCGGGCCCGGAAUACCCCGGGCCCCCAUGGUCUAACUCCUUUUGAAAUAAUAUAUGGAACACCACCCCCAUUUGUCCAUUUCUUUGAUUCAAACAUUGCUGAUUUUGCUGACAGCCCUUCUCUGAGGGCCCAUUUACAGGCCCUACAGAUUGUGCAGAGAGACGUCUAGAGACCUUUGGCCGCUGCUUACCAGGACAAGCUUGAGCAUCCGGUGGUGCCACACCCGUUCCAGAUUGGAGACACCGUGUGGGUACACAGACACCAGACCAAAAAUCUCGAGCCACGGUGGAAAGGACCCUACACCGUCCUCCUGACUACCCCGACCGCCCUAAAGGUAGACGGAGUCUCGGCUUAGAUCCACGCACCACACGUCAAGGCAGUCCGGUCUGAGGAAUUGACUAAUCACAACACUACACCCCAGACAUGGAGAGUUCAGCGCACUCCAAACCCCUUAAAGUUAAAACUCCUACGUGGAUCCUCCUAGCCCUUUUGUGGCCUAGAGUCAGUGGGGGAAUAAGCCCUCACCAGACAGAAAUUUCUUGACCAAGUCGAGUGAAAGAUUUCACUCAAAGUUAGCAAAAAAAUGGGGGAAUGAAAGACCCCAGCUUAGCAGCAGUAACGCCAUUUUGCAAGGCUGUACUUAAGAUGACUGGUUCAGGGAAAGGUUAGAACACUGAGUACACAGCGGCUGCCAAGCAAGAUAUGUUUGGUUGAAGGCCUGGCAACAGGACGACUUCGGUUGAGCACCUGACAAUGAAAAAAAAGCCCCGGGAGAGGUCCCACACCCUGGUGGGGGGCCGAGUCAGUCGUUAUGUUCCAAGAAGGUAGCUAAGAAACUUGCCCCCCGGGUUGAACCCUUGGGGGGCCGAGUCAGCCGUUAUGUUUCAGGAAGGUAGCUAGGAAACUUGCCCCCAAGCUAAACCCUUGCCAUAUUAGAAUCCACCAAUUAUAUCCCUGUAACCAUGCAUCUGCUUCUGUAUGCUUGCUUCUGCUCCCCAAAAUCCUAUAAAAGCCAUCCUUGGUUCCGUGGGGCGCGCCAGUCCCCCGAGUGACUGAAGCGCCCGCAGGUGCCUGUGCCUGUGUAUCCCGACAAUAAACCAAAUCCUCUUGCUGAUUGCA